AUAACCUCGAUCGUACGUUAACGAAGAGAUAUAAAGACAUUUUUGUAUAAUCUUUCCUUGUUACUCUCAAAUAAAUUGAUAUAUAAUACAAUUUUAUAAUUUAUCAUCGAUAACUCAAAAAGAGAUAAAACAACCAAAAUGCCUGUUUCUUGUUCCACAAAAUGUGGAAGAGAUGCUAUUUUAAAGAGGCCAAAAACUGGUGAUACAUUGUGUAAAGACUGUUUCUUUUUGGCAUUUGAAACAGAGAUUCAUGAUACAAUUGUCAAUGGUAAAUUGUUCAAACCUGGUAACAAAGUCGCCAUUGGAGCAUCAGGUGGAAAAGAUUCGACUGUACUUGCAUAUGUUUUGAAAACUCUCAAUGAAAGGCACAAAUAUGGAUUAGAUCUAUUUCUUUUAUCCAUUGAUGAAGGAAUUACUGGAUAUAGAGAUGAUAGUUUGAAAACUGUAGCACAAAACAGAGAUGAUUAUGGCAUUCCACUUAAAAUCUUAUCAUAUAAGGAAUUAUAUGGAUGGACAAUGGAUUCUAUAGUUACAGAGAUUGGCCGUAAAAACAAUUGUACAUUUUGUGGUGUUUUUCGAAGACAAGCACUGGAUAGAGGUGCUGCAAUUUUGGGGGUAGAUUGCAUUGUAACGGGUCAUAAUGCAGAUGAUAUUGCUGAAACAGUGUUAAUGAAUGUCUUAAGAGGCGAUAUUGCCCGAUUGCAAAGAUGUACAUCUGUAAUCACUGCAGGUGCAGACUCCAUCAUGCGUUGUAAACCACUGAAAUAUGCAUAUGAAAAAGAAAUUGUUAUGUAUGCAUAUUUUAAGCAUCUAGUAUAUUUCUCCACAGAAUGUGUAUAUGCUCCAAAUGCUUACAGAGGUCAUGCACGAGCUUUUCUAAAAGAUUUGGAGAAAAUAAGACCUUCAUCCAUUAUAGACAUAAUACAUUCAGGUGAGCAGUUGCAAGUGAAAGAUAGUAUAAAGAUGCCAGAAAGAAGAAAUUGUACUCGAUGUGGAUUUGUUUCAAGUCAAGAAAUAUGUAAAGCUUGUGUUUUACUAGAAGGUUUGAACAGAGGAUUGCCGAAACUCGGUAUUGGCAAAUCUAAUAAAGCUAAGAAGAUAAUGGAUUUAGAUAAAAGAAAUGAACAACAGCAAAGUAUAGAUUUUUGAACUCUUCAUGUAUUUAAAUAUACAGGUAAAAUAUAUAUUUUUACAGAAAAUAU